AUGCGGCGGUGCGGCUGGUGGCUGCUGCUCUGCGCCUUCGGGGUUGCCGCUGCCCGCAGUGGAGGCAACGGGCAAUGUUUGGACGGGAUCACCAUCAACGUGAUCCUGCUGGAGGACGAGGAGUCUCCCUGGAGCCUGAAGUACGUGCAGACCAAAAUCCUGGAAGCCAUAGAGAGAGACGCAGAGAUUAACGCCGCACAAGCGUUUGGAUUUAAUCUGACAGCGAACUUCGAAGGAUUCAACACGACCAUCUACCGGCAGGCCGGCUGCUACAGCAGCCCGUGUGAAGCGGUGGAGACGCUGCGGAAGCUCAUGAGCACAGGUAAACUCGGCUGCGCUGUUCUCGGACCAACCUGCACCAUAGCAACGUUCCCGUUAGUGGAUGCAGAGAAAGGUUUUGGGCUGAGCACGCCCAUCAUCUCGGCGGGAAGCUUCGGCCCGUCCUGUGACUUCGCCCUCAACCUGCAGCGGGUUCUGCCUCCGGCACGGAAGAUCUCCGACUUCUUCAGCGGCUUUUGGCAGGAAGAAAACAUCCUGAAGCCCAAGUGGAAAACGGCCUACAUCUACAAAAAAGCCAACAACACGGAGGACUGCUUUUGGUAUAUCAACGCGCUGGAAGCCGACGGCAUCAAAAACGUUUCGGAAACGGUUCUGCGCGGACCAAAGGAAGUGGAAGCUGUUCUCUCACAGACUAACAGGACGAGCAACCUGGUCAUCAUCUGCGGCUCGGUGUCAGACUUACUGGAGUUGAAGAACGACUCCAGAGGAGCCGACAGCAGCGACUUCCUCUUCAUCCUCAUUGAUCUGUACAAUGAUAUUUACUACAAGAGCCUGUCGCGGCCGGAGAUGAGGAACGUUCUGGUGCUGACCAUGCCCAACUCCAGGGGGUAUAACAUCAGCGCUGACCUGAAGGGCAACAACAUGAUGAACGACUACAUGGCUGCGUAUCACGACUCAGUGCUGCAUAUAGGAAACGUGAUGAGAGAGAUCGCCACCAAAAAUCAGUCCGAGAUUCAAGAAAUGAACUUUGUGAAUGUGAAUUACUUCAGAAAUGUUGUCUUUAAUGGAAUUGCAGGAGAAUAUAAGUUAGACAAGUACGGAGACAGAGAUGUGAACUUUUCCAUCAUGUACACAACAACUAAACUCCAGUAUAAAUGUUUAUUCACCUUUGACACUGAAAACGCCAAAACAACGAUGGAGGACGAAUCUCCGGCCUUCAUCUGGGGGAAGAAGCUUCCCGACUACAAGCCAAAGAAUGACUUGCUGACUGGCCCUCCGAUCCAAGACAUCAUCGUGGGCGUCCUGGCUGUGACAGUGGUCGUCGUGGCAACCAUCGCAUUUAUCUUCUACAGACAGAACAGGAAAGACCGGCUCCUCAGGAAGCGCUGGUCCCACAUCAACUCUGACCUCAUCUCUCUGCUGGAGGACAGCGAACACAACAUCAUCUCCCUGCAGAUAGAAGAAGAAAGGAAGAAGAAAUUCAAGAUCCGCCGAGCGCUUUACGACAGAAAGAUUGUGAUUCUGAAGGAGCUGAAGAACUGUGAAGGGAACUUCAAAGAGCAGACAAGAGAUCUGAAUGCGCUUCUGCUCAUCGACUAUUACAACCUCACAAAGUUUUAUGGCACGGUGCGGUUUGACGAGGGCGUGUUCGGCGUCUUUGAGUACGGAGAGCGGGGGUCGCUCCGGUACGUGCUGGACGACAAAGUGUCGUACCCAGAGGACACGUUCAUGGACUGGGAGUUCAAGAUCUCCGUCAUGUACGACAUCGCCAAGGGCAUGUCUUACCUCCACUCCAGCAACAUCCAGGUCCACGGCCGCCUCAAGUCCACCAACUGCGUGGUGGACAACCGCAUGGUGGUGAAGAUCACCGACUUCGGCUGCAACGCCUUCCUCAGCAGCAGCAAAGACCUGUGGACGGCUCCGGAGCACCUGAGGAACCAGGGAACGUCGCAGAAAGGAGACGUGUACAGCUUCGCCAUCAUCUCCCAGGAGAUCGUUCUGAGGCGCAGCACCUUCUACUCCAAGUCCUGCUCCGACCGCUCAGAGAAGCUGUCCAGGGUGAUGACGUCCUACUUCAGACCGGACCUCGACGUUGAGAUGGCUUCAGAGAAAGAACGAGAGGUUUACAUGAUGAUAAAAAGCUGCUGGGAUGAAGAUCCGGAGAAAAGACCCGACUUUAAGAAAGUGGAGAACUGCCUGGGAAAGAACAUCAGUAAAAUCCACAACCAGGACAACGAGAGCUACAUGGACAACAUGAUCCGGCGGCUGCAGAACUACUCCAGGAACCUGGAGCACCUGGUGGAGAAGAGAACGUCGCUGUACAAAGCCGAGCGGGACCGGGCCGACUUCCUCAACUUCAUGCUUCUUCCUGGGCCGGUGGUGAAGAGCCUGAAGGAGAGCGGCGUGGUGGAGCCGGAGCUGUACGAUGAGGUCACCAUCUACUUCAGCGACAUCGUGGGCUUCACCACGCUGUGCCAGUACAGCACGCCCAUGGAGGUGGUGGACAUGCUCAACGACAUCUACAAGGGCUUCGACAGCAUCCUGGACCAUCACGACGUCUACAAGGUGGAGACAAUCGGCGACGCCUACAUGGUCGCCUCCGGCCUGCCGCGGAGGAACGGGAACCGACACGCGGUGGACAUCUGCCGCAUGGCGCUGGACAUCCUGUCCUUCAUGGGCACCUUCCAGCUGCGCCAUCUGCCCGGCAUCCCGGUGUGGAUACGCAUCGGCGUUCACUCAGGUCCGUGUGCCGCCGGCGUCGUGGGGAUGAAGAUGCCCAGGUACUGUCUGUUUGGCGACACGGUCAACACGGCGUCACGGAUGGAGUCUUCUGGACAACCGCUGCGGAUUCAUGUCAGCGAACCCACCAUCCACAUCCUGCAGCGCACCGACUGCAAGUUCCAGUAUGAGAUCCGAGGAGAAACGUACCUGAAGGGUAAAGGAAAGGAAACAACUUACUGGCUGACGGGAGAAACAGGGAAAGAUUACGACCUUCCGACUCCACCAACAACAGAGAACGUCCAGCGUCUGCAGCAGGAUCUCGCCAACAUGAUCCUGACGUGUCUGGAGCGCCGAAAACGAGGGUCGGUGCGGAGGAGGAAGGUGCGUACCGGCGAGGAAGAGGAGGACGACGAAGAGUCAGAGGUGGAGUCUGAAGGCGGCCAUCUUGAGUAUCUGCAGCUGGCCACCGUGGAAAACACGCUCAGCACCUUCCUGUAGACAAACCGCGUCUCCUCCAGCUGAGACGGAGGAACAAAGAUGGCGGACGAACUUUGUAAAAUCUUUUAACCCUUAAAGGUUGAUAUUUCUCCUCAGAUGUUUUGUUUUAUGAUAAAAUGUUAAAUAUUUUCCUCCUACUGAGGCCAAACUCCAGCCGCUUUGCACAUUAAUCUUUCCUGUACAUUACAUAUGUCAAAGUCAAGGCCUGCGGGCCGUAUUAAAUUAUCUAUGGCCCCCUGCAUGAUAUUUAAUUACCAUUAGAACAGCCGGCAGGCCGCAGCCUUUGCACACACCAACACUACAUUCCCCACAAUGCAACGGUCGCCCGCAAAGUCACGGCAGUGAGCACAAGCGGCUUCAUUGUUCAUCAGCAAUCAGAGCAGAGAUCAGCUUUCAGGUAUCCCCCUCCUCAAAAAUGGCUAAACGUAACGUGGCCGCUGAGAACCAGUGGCGCAAAAGGUGGCUAUGCCCAGUAUGCCCAGUAUGCAACGCAAAAACGAUGUGGGAUUUUUUUUCUAGUCAGCAUUUUAUGUAUUUAACCGCUGCUUGUGCAUGAAAUGAUCGAUAACAGAGGAACAGCGCUGAUCAGGCGCCCCUCCCCUCCCCUACAGGCAGCUUGAGGCGCGUUUUUUCUUUUUUUAAAUUUGUAGUAAAGCCUCAACAACAGGGAGCUAAAGAUGUGGCGCAGAAAAAACUCUGGGGCACAAAACUCAAGAGGGGGAGGAUAAAGAUGUUGGAGAGACGAAGAAAAGAUUUUCAAAGUGGCUGAAAGACAGAAGGUAAGAAAUGUCAGAGUAUCAACUUGUAAAUAUUCAGGUUAGCUUAGGCUAGGCUACAAUGACAGGUUGUUGUAUUGAACCAAAACGGGACGCGAUUUAUUCCGUAUUGCUAUAAAUGUCUGAUAGACACACCUAUCACACACACCUCAACAAUAAGUGUUAAGAUCAGCUAAGUUGUCAUUGCGACCCCUCCCCACGAACUGACGCUGUUGUCACGGUUGCUUAGAGACGGACACUGCGCAGCCGCAGUGAGCUGCUAUCAACCCGCGUCUUUCUAAAAUGUCCGCCGAUACUGGACCGUCCGUAGAAGUAAAACCUCUGGCAAAAAUUCAGACGGUAGUGGGAAGACGCACAUUUCAGGCGAAACAACUAUAGUAAUGUUUAAUAGGGACAUUAAAAAAUGUGUGUGAUGUGAAAUCUUAGAUAUCUGUGUGAUAUCAGACAGAAGAGGAACCGCAGACCCGUCAGAACCUACAGAACCAGACAUCAGUCUCUUCAUCCCUCAAUCAUUUCCUGAGACCGAAAAAUAAUAUAAAUGGCAAUUUAAAAGAACAAAUCAUAAACAUAGAUUAAUAGUAAAUAUAUAAAUGUUUUCACUUGAGGUUACUGACAGAGCCAUAACAAAAUACUGCUUUAUUCUUUUAAUGUUCAGAACAUGCAAUUUGUAUUUGAAGGAAGUUUGUUUUUGUCUGUUUGCCUUUUGAAAAAAUGUUUUCACUUGAAAUUACUGACAGAUCCAUAAGAAAAUAUUGGUUUAUUCAUUUAAUUAUUAAAUAUACACUGUGUUAGGUCUUGGUUCAAUAGGCUAUGUGCAAUCAUUUCUAUAUGUUUUAAUAAACUUAUAAUAAUAAUAAUUUGGUUUUUUGGCCCUCGGUGUAUUUGACUUUGACAUUCCUGCUGUACAUGAUUGGAUCAUAACAGCCUUCCAUAGGAGGAAAUGAUUUAAAAAAGCAUCUCAAUCCAAAGAAAUGUUUUAUUUUUAUAUACAACAGUGACAGUCAACAGUAAAUAAUAAUAAUAAUGAAAAUAGAAGUAACUUCCUGUUGGAAGAUGAAGAGUUGUUCAGAUGAAGUUAAAACAGCCUGUACAGAUUCAUCGGUACAUUUCAUGUGUCAAAUUGUUUCAGAAAAUAUUUCACUUCUCUGAUGAAACAAAGUCCAAAUGUUUCAGCCUCGUGUUUCUGAGUUUUCACCAGAAUAUUCAAAGUGCAACACUAGGUGGCGCUUUUUGCAUCAGAAACUGCAUGAAAACGGUGAAAAACAGCAACAGGAAUGAUGCCGACCAUGAAGGGCAUCCACAGCAACAGGAGCAUCUCAGUAAACAUUUCAAAAUAACUUCCUUCAAAAUACAAACUUAUUUAGAUUUGUUACAAAAACUUGUUGAUUCUGGCUCAAAUCUGAAUAUUUUUUAAUAAAAAGUUGUUUAAAUUUCUGCCCAAAUUUUUUUUCUUCCACUCAAUUUUCCAUGAUUUUGAUCAGCCUGUUGGACAUAGAAGGACGAACAGAACAUUUCUGUGUUGGAUUUUUAGCUGGUUUGGUGUUCCGUAAUUUACGGACUAUUGAACACACCUAAGUUUGAAAAGGAAAUGAGAAUUAAAAAUCUCAUAAAUAGUCCACUCUUGAAUAUUAGCAUUGUGCUUAACUUGAUGUUUUCCUUUGAGUUUUUAAGAUUUAUUGAAAUAUUUUUUCGCUUUUUGUUUUUUUUUGCUCUAUGACUAAUAAAAUUGUGGAACACAAAAACUAAAAAUAGUCUUUUGUAUGUAAACCUGCUGUAGUAAAUCCGCACGAACAUCCUAAACAAAACAUUUGUUUACUUUUGUUUAUUUAGCGACAGGCGAUUUUCUGUGCAUUAAAUGUGACGGAAAAUGUUUAAACAUUAGGAUUUAAACAGUUAAAUAAUGUUUAAAAUAUCAGAAAUUAAGUUUUUUUUUAACAUUAAUCAUAUUGGCAUGUAAAAAAAAACUUAGUCUGGAAAGUAAUAUUCCUAUUUAAAUGAAUUUACACUUGAACUACAGUAUGUAACUACAGUGUAUGUGCAACAAAUCCAUAUCAGUUUGACUUUCUGAAUGUAACUGCUUCAGUAGAUUGUUGGUUUAUUGAGAUGCACCGGCUUAAUCCGGAAGGAAGAACAUUCAUGUAAACUAAUCAGAAAACCUGAUGGUCAUCGUUUCAAAUAGAAAAUAAUCAAAACUCAUAAAAACCUCAACCAUACACACAAAAAAUAAAAACCAAACAUUCAAAAUAAACCAAAACAAAGCUGUCCUGUCCACAUUUCAUCAGAAUAAUGUAGAGAAGCAACUAACCCUGCCUGUCAGACAUGUUGGGUCGGGCUUCCUGCUUUAACUCAAGGCACUGGAUGAUCAGAGUCAAAAAGGCCGGGAGAAACAAAGAUGGCCGCCGCUCUGUUUGAAACAAACCACUACGGACGCACCGACUGGAAAACUUGGGCCGAUAUAAAUAUUAUGAUAUUUGCCAAUAAAUAAUCCUCUGCUGCAUCAGCGUCACAUGACCCGAUAAAUAUCGGCCCAGUUUCACUCAUCGGACCGAUACAAUAAAAAAUGACCAACAGACAAUUUUUAUUUACUCCUUAAAGUUGAACUAUUCUAAGGUUUAUUGGUUUACUGGAGCUCUGAACUGAUCUACCAACACAAAGACGUUUUAAAUCUCGAUUGUCUCUAACGGGAGAUUUUAAUGUAAUCAUUUCUCAGUUUACAGGACACAACUUCCUGUAGAUUAAAAAUGCUUUUAAAAGCGUUUUUUUAAUCAUUGAUUUGUUGUAUUUACAAAGUGAGCUUUUUGUUGUAGUUUACGAUUUGUCCAUAAACAUACAACAGCAUAUUAUGACCAUUGUAGACAGAAAAAAGACGAGUUAAUUUAUGCAAAAAGAAUAUCAGAAAUGUUCAAAUUAAAAAAGGUAAUUUGCUUGAAAAUCCUAAAAAUUUUAAAUUAAUCUCAGAAUUUUUUAAGAGAAAAAAUUUAAUUUCUGAGCUUAAGUACCAACAAUGGCCCCAAUAUGCUGUGUUCUCCUGUCAUACACACCUACACACACUUCGUCUAUGAACUGAGGAAGACCAUCUGAUCGCUGCUCAUUUGGUCUCAUGUCUUUAUGAUUUGGACUUUAAUCCAACUUCAAGUAAUCAAAAAACUGUUCAAAUAUUUUCCCAUUUAUCAAACAAGAAGCAGAACGGAAACCUGUGUUUCCAUUUCCAUAACAAAUGUGUGCAAAACUUUUUUGAUAUUCCGUUAAUGUU